UUCAGGUAGGGGAAUUGGUUGUGGAUUUGUCAUGUCACAGAGGGUCUUUGUGACGUCACCGCAGUCCUAGCCAACCGGACUUCUAAGAAGAACAGCCAGCCCCCAAACCACCUCAUACGCGGAUGGUCUAGGAGGGAACGGGACUCACCUGGCCGAAAUUCAGAAGAGUUUUGAUGGAUCCAAGAUGUGAGCCCAUUAGAAUUUAAAACCUAGCAAAAACUGAUUAUGAGAAGUGAAGAGAGGUGCUGCCCAGUGAUGUUUCCUCACCAUCCACUAUGUAAAGAUGAAGACUAUCAAAAGUUUUUGACUUUGGCAGUAAUCAGUAAAUCAGAGGUCGAUGCUUUUACUCAGCAGCCUUUACAUACAAUGAGUGAAGGAGAUGCCAUUUCCCUCAGCAAUGCUUCUCUGCAGUUGACCCACCGAGAUUCUCUUAAUGUUGAAAGCAGCAGUACAGCUUCAGAGAUCCCUCAGGCCUCCAUGUGGGUGACCCAUCUCUCUAGCCAAAGAUGAAAUACAGAAUGCGAGGAGGAAAGGGAAUCCUGGCUGCAGACUCUACAAAGGAGAUCAUCUUUUUGAGCCAGGGUUGGAAAAUUUGAUAUACAAUUUUGAAGACUCUUCACAGAAAGUCUUGAAACAAUUAUGUGAUACAAGAACAUGCCCUAGCAACAAGGACACUCUGUAUGUAGCAGACUGGAAGGAAUCCUCAGAAAAUGAAAGAAUAUUCUUCCCCAGGGACGAAUCAUUAUCCAAAGAAGAAUCAAACACAAAGCAAAAUGCUGGACUGGUCAAAGGAAAACUCCGUUACUGGAAAAGACUUAAUUAAAAAAGCAUCGUGGGAAAUUGAGAAUGAGGAAGUUUCACUGGCAAAAGAAUUGUUACCUCUGGAAGACGCAUUUGUGAUAAUGGGGGAUUCAUUGCUGGAGUGCAUUGUUAAGGAAUCCCCCAUAAAAGAAGUGUCCUAUUUUCUCACUCAACCCACAGGCUCUUUAAUUAAGAAAAAUCCGUGUUUUGUUACUGAAGAAUUAUUUUUCAGAGAGGACAACUUUAACUUGACUGGCAAAGCAGCUAGUCAUGAGAAAAUAUGACAGCCACUGAACAACAAGUUGACUGUGCAGAGAACUUGAAGGAUAUUUCUCCAGUCUCUUUGGAUGAAAACAUUGAAUAUAUUCGAGCUCUGAUGAAAUCAAAUAGACUCAUGAAAGAAAAUAUCAAGAGCAUCUUAUUGCAUUGUUGCAACAAAGAGGAAGGUGUUGGCGGCAGCCUUCUGUCUGAGUUUGGAGCAUGUAUUUCUGAGAAGUCUUUAUUCCAGUCUUCUGAGAAGUCACUCGAUGGCCAAGAAGAAUGCAAGCAAGGGGACAGAGGUAGUAGAGGAAUUCUCCCAUCUUAUAAUACAAAAAGUCACUGCCUGAGUCCCUAUGAAACAUCCUUCAAUAUGUAUGAGACAAAAAACUCAAAGCUUGGCCCAGAGAAAUGGCUAUUUCAGAUGGGGAAUGUGGACUUGAAUGAGGUCAUCAAGGGACUAGAACAGGACCAGCAAAUGCAGCAAACCCAAAUCAUGGAUCUUCAGUAUGAUAAUAUUUUUUUGGAGAAGAAAAUUAAAGAAAUAGAGAAGUUGCUGCUUGAAGAGGGGUGUAUGGAUUUGGAUGAGGUCAUGAAGAAAGUAGAACAGGACCACAAGAAACAGCAUACCCAAAUCAUGGAUCUUUACUAUGAUAACAUUUCUCUGGAGACAAAACUUAAACAGCUAGAGGUGGAAAUUGUCCAGCAGCAGCAUUUUAUAGACACCAUAAACAAGUUGAAGAAGAACAUUGAAAAUCUAAUUGAAGCAAAGGACAAGAUCACUGUGGAGAAGACUGAGACUGACAGCUGCCUGAAGAAUGUGCAGGAGGCUUUAUCCAGUGCCAGGGACCAUCUUGAGGAAGCUGGGGCUGAAAGAAGAGCCCUUCUGCUGCAGCUGGAAAAACUUAAAACCGAUUAUAGUCUCCUUCAGGAAAAGCAUGAAGCAGAGAUGGAGCAGAAGACCAAAUGUACGACCCAGUGCUUACAGAUGGAUCAGACUAAAUGCAGGAAAGAGCAAGAAAUACAAGAGCUGCGGCAUCUUAAACAAAAACUGGAGCAUGAGGUCAAGACUGCCACUUCCACCUUGCACAGACUAUUGGAAGAAAAGGAGAAUGCAGAGAAACAACGCCUGUCCCUUCAGGCAGAACUUCAAAGACAGAAAGACGACUGGCUGGCAGAAAGGCAGCAGUUGGAGUCCAGAUAUAACAAGCUGGUUGCUCAGAUUAAAAUCUUGCAAACAGAAUCUGAAAACGAGCGGGCUGAGACAGAGAAAAUGCAACAACGGAUCAGUGCAUUCAAAAUAGAGAACCAAGAGCUUCAGCAACAGAUAGCGAAAGACAGAGAGCAAAAUCAUUUUCUCCAGCUUGAAACUGACAGGUGGAAAGAGCAGUAUGACAAAAUCAGGGAGUCACAAAUAGUAAAGGAGCAGAUGCAGUAUCAAAUGAUCCAGAGGCUCGGACAUAAAAUUGGCAUACAGAAGGAAGAACUAAGGAAGAAAGAAGAAGAAAUAGAGUGGAAGAUGCACAUUCUGAGGAGGUUUCUUCUGGAUAUGAAGUCUGUGCAUUCUGAUUUAAUCCAGAAAAACCUCCACAGCGAAGAAGACCAUUUCAGUUCUCCAUAUGUGCAACGAGCAUCCCAGCUUCUAUCUAAAAUUCGCAGCCUUCUGUCCCUCACAGAGGGACUACUUACCUGCCAGGACAUGGAUUCUACCAUUGAAUAUUCCAAGAAGAGUGAAAUGAUUACUGAAUUGGGAGAAAAAAUUAAGAACAUCACCCUUAAAAAGAAAACCUUGGAGAAAGAGUUACAGAAACACAGGGAAAGCAUAGCAGCCAUGAGAGAGUUAAUCAUUCAUGAGAAAGCUUCCCAAGAUCAAGUGACUGAGGAUGCAGGUGCUGGUCAAGAGGAAACUGGGAGUGGCACAGAACUGCUUGAUUUGCUGAGAACAAAACUGGGUGAAUACCAUAAGCAAAGUGAUGACCUCCAUUGCCAGAUUACAAAAUUGGAAAACCAUCUGGCGCUAAAGGAAGAAGAAUGCAAGAGACUCACAGGAGAAAAUGAGAAGCUUCAAGGAGAUUUGGGUAGCUUGACAUGCAAGGUAACAUCAUAUGAGGAAAUUAUUGAAUGUGCGGACCAAAGGCUUGAGAUAGCAAGUUCCCAGAUAUCAUAGUAGGUUGACUGAACUAAUUACUUGAUUUUCUUCAUUUUGCAGAGAAGAGUGUGUGUGUGUGUGUGUGUGUGUGUGUGUGAGUGAGAGAUUUUCCCUUGCUACCUUAUUCAGGGAGACAAAGAAUAAAUGAUGCUCCUUGAUGUGACAGUAUUUUUAUAUUUUAUAAUUACUGAAAUGUGCUAGAUACUGUACAACAUAAAACAUGAGAACAAAGAUCAGUUGUUUUAUACAAUACAUAUCAUCAAAACUAAAAGGACAGGCCUCCAUCCUCAGCUGCAGCAAUGGAGUAAACAGUGAAUCUUUGGAAGGGGAUUGCAAAGGUGGUCUUAUCUUGAUAAAAAUGCGUCAUGGAGCAUUCACACAAUGUAUGUUAGAGCAGCCUAAGAGUGGGUCCCACUUACACUAGCUGCAGUGGACCAAUUUACAACUCAUUGGCUUACAUCUGUCCCAAAGAGUUGAUAUGACAUCUGCGGAUUGUCAGAGUGCAGGAGAGCCUCUGGAGCUUUGGCCAUGCUCCCUACAAUGGCAAUGGGAGAGGGACAUAGAAGUUGUUAUGGCUGCCUUACAUUACCUGAGCAUCCCAUUAAAAUGGGGGCCUUUCCCAGGCCUGGCUAUGCCUAAUUUAGGGCCAACUUGCACCAUUCCAGUUGAGAACUGGGAUAAGAGCUUUGCAAUAUAUACAGCUUGAGGCUUGUAUAUUAUUUAUAACAUUUUUUGGUAUCAAUCUUCUUCCCAAAACCAACAAACAGAAACAAACCCACCAACACCAAAUGGAAGUUGGAAAUGUUUUUA